ACCGGGCAAGCGCUGCUCCUGCUGUUUGGGGACACACACAAGUCUCACGGAAAAUAUGGCGGAGGCUGCGGCGGUCUCUCCGCAUCGCUUCUUCUGUCACUGUUGUAAGGGUGAAGUGAACCCCAAACUCCCGGAGUUUAUCUGUCCCAGAUGCGACUCUGGCUUCAUAGAGGAGGUUACAGAAGACUCCAGUCUUCUGGACAGUAGUUCAAAUAGCCUUGAUGACACAGCUUCACAGUUUGCUGAGCUAUGGCAGUUGUUGUUUGUGGAGAGGCCGUUCAGUAUGGAUCUAGACAGUCCUGAAUCCGAGCGAGUCCCGGGAGGUGGUCUUGGAUUAGGGUCAAUUGGCAAUUCUGUCCCAGGUGGGCCCCUGGUGGGCCCUUUAGGUGGAGGAGAACACUGGGGUUCUGGUCGUCCUCGCCUGCACAGUCAGAGGAGGUACCGAUCCAGAGGAAGCAGUCGACCGGAUCGCUCUCCCGCUGUUGAGGGAAUAGUACAGCAGUUUCUAGCAGGACUUUUUGCCAAUUCUGGAGUACCAGGCUCUCCUCCACUGUCAUGGACAGGAAUGCUGCACUCAAACCCUGGGGACUACGCCUGGGGACAGGGGGGUCUGGAUGCAGUCAUCACACAGUUAUUGAGUCAGUUUGAGAACACGGGUCCUCCUCCUGCUGACAAAGAGAAAAUAUCCUCCCUCCCCACAGUUAACAUCACUCAGAAACAGACUGAAUGCAAUAUGGAGUGUCCUGUAUGUAAGGAAGACUACAUGGUUGGCGAACCAGUCAGGCAGUUACCCUGUAACCACAUUUUCCAUAGCGACUGCAUCGUGCCCUGGCUUGAAAUGCACGACACUUGUCCUGUGUGCAGGAAGAGUCUGAACGGGGAUGACAGUAGCACUCAGUCCACAUCAGAGCCUUCCUCCCGAAACAGUGAUCCUCGCACACCAGAGAGAUGGUCCUUCUGAAAUACACAUACACAUACACAUACACA